AUGCAUUUCCCAUUUUACGGCGCAGCUGCGCUACUGAUAGCCACCUUAUGUCUGUUUGGGUCUCCUGUAGCUAGCGAGACUUUUGACCGAUCGGAGGCAGCACCGGAGGGAUGGACGUCGACGGGUGUGCCCUCCGAAGAUCAACCUAUUCGUCUUCAAAUCGCCCUGCAGCAGAACAACUCCGUUGGCUUUGAGCAGGCUCUCCUUGCAAUUUCAACACCGGGUGAUCCUAGCUACGGAAAACAUUUCACCUCUUACGAUCAAAUGAAAGAGAUGCUGCUUCCUUCAACAGAAGCCGUAUCCGCGGUCCGGGACUGGUUGACGUCUUCCGGGGUCACUGAUUUCCAGAGGGAUGCUGACUGGGUUACCAUCCGUACAUCUGUCAGGGUCGCUAACUCCCUCUUGGACGCCAAUUUUACCUGGUAUACAGGUGGUCAACAGUCCGUUCGUAUUCUCCGUACCUUUGAAUACUCGGUCCCAGAUAACAUCGCUCCUCACAUCAGAAUGAUCCAUCCAACUACCGGGUUUGGCCAGGUUCGUGCCAAUCGAGCUGCGUUCCGCUCAAUGCCUUUGAAGUUCGGAACCAGCCUUAAUUCAGCUGCCAGCAACAUGUCCGUCAAUCAAUGUGGUUCCGUUACCACCCCGAGCUGUAUCCAAAAGCUCUAUUAUAUCCAGAACUACACAGCUGACCCCGGACGUGGAAGUAAGAUUGCGUUUGUCAGCUUUACGGAACAAGUGGCUCGCUAUGAUGAUCUAGCUAUGUUUGAGUCUUACCUCGCUCCUUACGCAGUGGGCCAGAAUUUCACAGCCGUGGAGUACAACGGAGGAAUAAACGAUCAACAUAGGAAUGAGACUGGAGAGGCAAACCUCGACCUUCAGUACAUCGUUGGUCUCGCUGCACCCCUGCCUGUUACCGAAUACAUCGUUGGUGGUCGUGGCGAGUUAAUUCCAGACUUGACUGAACCGGAUCAAAAUCACAACUACAAUGAGCCCUUCUUGAAUUUCCUGCUUGAUAUCUUGAAAGUUGAGCAGGAGGAUUUGCCACAAGUUAUCUCAAUCUCAUAUGGCGAUGAUGAACAGACCAUUCCAAAGGAAUAUGCUCUCAUUGUUUGUAACCUCUUCGCUCAGCUUGGAAGUCGUGGUGUUUCAGUGCUCUUAGCAGCUGGUGACUCUGGUGUUGGCUCUGCAUGCCAGACAAACGACGCAAAGAAGCGCGAUCACUUUCCCCCUCAGUUCCCUUCAACAUGCCCCUGGGUAACCUCUGUCGGUGGCACAAACGGAACCCAUCCAGAACAAGCUGUGUAUUUCUCAUCUGGCGGAUUUUCUGACCUCUUCCCUCGGCCUUCCUAUCAGAACGACGCUAUCAAUGCUUACCUCGAAACCUUGGGCGACAGACAGGCAGAAUACUUUGACCUUCUCGGACGUGGUUUUCCAGAUGUAGCUGCGCAGAGCGUCGGUUACGUGAUUGUGGAUAAAGGUAGUCCAACCAUAUCGGAUGGAACAUCGGCCGCGGCCCCGGCAUUUAGUGCUAUCAUUGCUCUUCUGAAUGAUGCUCGUCUCGAGGCUGGAUUACCUGCCAUGGGUUUCCUGAAUCCCUGGCUGUAUAGUGUUGGGCGGCUAGGGUUGAAUGAUAUUGUACACGGUGGAAGUACAGGUUGUAAUGGGAAGGAUCGCUUCGGGGGCCCGCCAAAUGGAAGUCCGGUGAUACCAUAUGCUAACUGGAACGCUACCCAAGGAUGGGACCCAGUCACUGGACUAGGAACCCCAAACUUCGCGAAGCUGAAGGAGCUUGCAUUGGGCCAGGUCUGUAUCGGGAAGUAA